GUGACUUCAUGCGGUCGUUCAUCUUAGUCGGUUACAUGACCAUCGUGUUUAAAUACACGAACUUCAAUAAGCGAUAUAGUAAAACAUUUUAGAAAGUUACGUGGUCAAGAUAGUACCAUUCAGGUGGUUAUUUCAUCUGAUGUUCGAAAUUACGCGUAUAACUAUACUUGCUGGAUUGGAGGGUACUUUUGGAAAAUUUGGGGAUUGACACUUAAUGACUCCAUACAUUUGCUCUCGAGUGAUUCUUUCAUUGCAAAUUGCAACCUCAUACAAAAACGAUAUUUGACGUAUUAGUCAGCAGCAGCCAUCCGUAAAAAUUGGUGAUCCGGAAGGCUUUGUGUGCUUUUGGAAGUAUGGGAAGUUAUUACUUCCCGGUUACCGACACAAUGGAGGUUGGUUUCUUCUUGGAGUACCUGAAACAGAAGAAGUAUUAGUGUUGCUUGACCGCAAAACCCAGCAAACUACUGCUUGAGGCCUGUCACACACGGCCUGUUUGGAGUUGCGUCAGUUUUAAUAUCUUACCGCUGGCUACGAACCGUCGCAAUUUUGUGCGAAGGCUGGGAUACUGCCCGUGCAUCCAGACCGAAGCAGGUGGUUGUCUUAAGAUACCUCUCUGGAGCCUUUGAAUUGCAGUGUGAACAACGAGGCAGUGGAGCUGCAUUACCAUGGUUGCUGGUGGCCAAAACAGGUUCAUACGCCAUUCAAUCCCUUCGAAUGAUGGAGUCCAUGUGGGCCAUGGGUUUGGAAUCAGGGUUUUCAAGCUCCUCUAGGUAAACCUGUUUUUCCACCAUUCUGGUUGUCAUUCGCUCUAUCAUAUGAUGAGGAAUACUCCUGUCACGUGAAGGCAGUGAAUAUGACUUACCUGGAAGAGACUAUGAGCCCGUAACCACAUAAGAACAUUUCGAAAGAAAGACUGAAAUCGACCCAACCUCGGCCAUACUAGAUCGUUUAUAGGGGCCUUUUCUUGAUGAACUCUCAGAAGAUACAAGGUAUUAAUAAAGUGUAGAGAUAAACAAAACUUUGAAAUGAGUGACUUUCUCCUUUAAGAAAACAGUAUUGUGUAUAGUUCACUUAUAAUUGUCUGAUACAUGUGUAGAUUCUGAGUGCCUUUAUUCAUGGAGAGUAUUUAUUUUUGUAUUUUCUAGAACGUUUACGGUGAUAUUCCCCAAAGCAACGAAGUAUCUGUGAUCUAAACACAUAUCUACAGACAACCAACGAUAACUUGUUUUGAAGAUGCCUCCAAAAAGAAAUGCCAGAAAUAAAGGUGAUGAUGAUGAUGAAGAUAUGAAACCAGAAAUUAACCACAAUGAGAAGCAGAAUACAAAGUCGGGUAAUAAAAAAAAUAAGGGGAAAAAUGUCAACCAGGUUGUCUCAGAUACAGAAGAAAAUGAACCGACUACAAAUAAGAAAAAAGAUAAGAAAAAGAAAGGAAAGGAACAACAACUGAACAAUGAUAUAGAUGAAGCAAAAUUUGUAGAAAAGUCUGGGAAUAAACAACUACAGAAAGACAAUCAUAAAUCCAGUAAUGAAUCUCUUAAGUCAGAUGAUAUUGAUGAUGAAUUCUACAAAAAGAAAAGAAAAGCCGGACGAAAUGCUGGUGGUAAGCGGGCUGAUUCAGAUGACGAGAAAAAACCGAAUUCUCAGUCAAAUAAAAAGCAGGCGAAAAAGAAAGGUAAAGGUGAUCAGAAUGAAAUGGAACCAGCCCGAGUAAAUGAUGCUGAUGCCCAACAAAAAACCAAAGCGAAAUUCAACGCUACAGAAGAUUCACGAAAACCUUAUGAAUCUGAUGAAGAAGAGUCUUUAAAACCUGAAGAAGUCGAUGAUGACUUGUAUACAAAGAAAAGGAAAGCUGGUCGUGGGAAGCAAAAGAAAGGCGGCGAACAGCAACAACAACAACGACAACAACAACAACAGCAGCAGCAAGAAGAACAACCACCUGUUCAAAAUCAAAAUGUAGGUGGAAAGAAAAAGAAACAGAAAGCUGGGAAGAAGAAAAUUGACGAUGGAUUUAAUAGUGAAAACGAAGAUUUCGAUGAUUUAACUAAAGCUUUGACAAAUGUUUCUUUAGAGGAUGAAAUAGAUAAUUUUGAUUCUCGAAAAACCAAAUUUGUUGCAUUCUCUGAUAUGACUGUAGAUCACGACGAAGUAGUAGAUAAUGUUGAAGAUACAAAUAGUGGUGCAGAAAUUGAAACAGAUGAACCUGUGAACAUUGUCGCUGAACCAGAGGUUAAAGAUGUAGAACCGCCUGUAGUUGAUGAUAAUUCCGUUAAAAGUGCGAGUUUAAUCACUGUGAUUGACGAAAAGACUGACAAGGUUGAAGGACCAGCAGAUAAUGAAGGGAAGGCAGAGAGUGAGACUGGUACUGUUAAAAUAAAGGUGUCAAAGAAAGAAUUGAAGAAGCUUAAAAAGAAAGAAGAGUUUGACAAGCUUGUUGAAACAUCGAAAGCAAAGAUUAUCGCAUCGUCUGGGACACUUGACAACUUUGCACUUUCUCAGGCCGGAAGUAGUUCAAAAUCGGAACAACUGGAUAAUCAACUUGAUAUACGAGUUGAAAAUUUCUCAAUUGCUGCUAAAGGCAAAGAUUUAUUCGUUAAUGCUUCUUUACAAAUUACUCAUGGUCGUCGUUAUGGAUUGGUGGGACCAAAUGGCUACGGGAAAACGACAUUACUUCGUCAUAUUGCUACUCGAGCGAUCAACAUCCCUGCUAAUAUUGACAUACUUCUUUGUGAACAAGAAGUUCAAGCUGAUUCAACACCAGCUUUUGAAAUGGUCCUGAAAUCAGAUAAAAAGCGAUUGGAGUUACUGGAAGAAUUUGAAAAGAUAAAAAGUCGUUUAGAAACAGAGCAUAGUCAAUCUUUAGUUGAUAGGCUAAAUGAAGUCUGUGAAGAACUUGUCGCAAUCAAAGCUGAUGCAGCAGAAGGCAAAGCAAGACGUAUAUUAUCCGGUUUAGGCUUUACAAAAAGCAUGAUGAACAGAGCAACCAAAGAUCUGUCUGGUGGUUGGAGAAUGCGUGUCAGCUUGGCUAGAGCUUUGUUUUUAGAACCAACACUUUUAUUAUUGGAUGAACCGACAAAUCAUUUAGACUUGAACGCAGUUAUAUGGUUGGACAACUAUCUUCAGAAAUGGAAAAAAACACUUUUGAUCGUUUCCCAUGACCAGUCAUUCUUAGACAAUGUGUGUACAGACAUUAUUCAUUUAGACCAGCGUCAGUUAUUUUAUUAUAGGGGCAAUUAUAUUAACUUCAAAGGUAUGCUACUUCAGAGGAGAAAAGAACAACAAAAGGAAUAUGAGAAACAAGAAAGACGUCUAAAAGAAUUAAAACAAUCUGGUAUGAGUAAUAAACAGGCACAAGCAAAAAAUCAACGAGAUGUACUCACACGAAAACAAGCUAAAAAUAAGGUCGCUUUGAAUGAUGAGAAUAGUAGUGGAAAACCUCAACUGCUCAGUAAACCAAAGGAGUAUGUUGUUAAGUUCACAUUCCCAAAUCCAUCGCCUAUUUCUCCACCAAUUCUUGGCUUAUACAGUGUUACAUUUGCUUAUCCAAAUCAAAAACCAUUAUUUAAAGAUUUAAAUUUCGGCAUAGAUAUGACAUCAAGAAUUUCUAUAGUCGGUCCAAAUGGUGUUGGCAAAUCAACUUUCUUGAAAUUACUUACAGGUGAAGUACAACCAACUGAAGGUGAACGUCGAUUAAAUCAUCGAGUAAAAAUUGGCAAAUAUGAUCAACAUUCAGCAGAUCAAUUAAAUUUAAGUGAAACACCAACGGAAUAUUUACAACGUUUGUUUAAUUUAACCUAUCAAGAUGCUCGUGCAACAUUAGGUAAAUUUGGUUUAGAAGCGCAUGCACAUACAAUUCCAAAUGCAGAUUUAUCUGGUGGUCAACGUGCUCGUGUUGCUUUUGCCGAGUUAUCACGUCGUGCACCAGAUGUUUUAAUAUUGGAUGAACCGACAAAUAACUUGGACAUUGAAUCGAUUGAUGCUUUAGCUGAUGCUAUCAAUGAAUUUGAAGGCGGUGUUAUCGUUGUCAGCCAUGAUGAACGUCUUAUACGUGAUACAAAUUGUAUUCUCUGGGUGAUUGAAGAUCUUGGUAUCAAUGAAAUCGAUGGAGACUUUGAUGAUUAUCGUCGUGAAAUUUUAGACUCUCUUGGUGAAGAGAUAUCGAAUCCAAGCAAAGUAGCUGCCGAUGCUGGAUGUCUGUCAUGAGUGAGACAAAGAAGCGAUAAACACCUUUUGCAGACAAUUCUUCUCAAGAUGCGAUAGGAUACAUUGUUUGUGUCAAUUUCUUGAAAACUGUGCUCUCGACCAUUAUCAUUAUCAUCGUCGUCUACGUGUGAAUGUUAUUUUGUGCAUAUUUGUACAGUCUUCCUUGUGUUUAGUUUCAUUCAGGAUCUCUUUUUCUGUGGUGUUGGUGGUGGUGUACUUUUGUUGUUUAUUAUUAAUGAAUAUUAUUCAUCUGACUGCUUUAUAGAUAAUUAACCUUUAGCCUUGUGUAGAAAUCUUCAAUUAUUCUCCUAUUACUAUUAUUGUAUGGCUAGGGUUUUCUUAAAAUUCUUAACUUAUUUCUUAAUCAGAUUUUGAUAUUUUUCGCUCCUUUCACUUCUUUUUUUUAUUGUAACCCUGUGUAUUUUGUUUAACGUAUCCUUGCUUGUGAUUAUCAGAUGAACAACAAUAACUGUGUUGGUUGAUCAGACAGAAAAUACAUAUAUUUAGUAUUUCUUA